ACACGGCGUCUGACAACCGGCCAUGACAAUCACAUACAACGCCGAGGUUGCGUCGAUAAAAAGCUUCGGCGUCUUUUGGAAGCUGUUGUGUCGAUGGAAGGGAAGCAUUUACAAGUUGGUCUGGCCAGAUCUAACCCUUUACAUCGUUUUAUAUUUUACCCUUAAUAUGUCAUACCGAUUCGCAAUGAAUGAGAAUCACAGACAGCUGUUUGAAGAGGUGGCGAAGUACAGCGCGAACUUCAGCACCUUCAUCCCCAUGUCGUUCGUGCUCGGCUUCUAUGUGACAAUCGUGGUGAACCGCUGGUGGGAGCAGUACAUGGCCAUGCCCUGGCCGGACUCACUGGCCGUCUACGUCAGCACCAACAUACACGGCAACGACGAUCGGGGCCGUCUCGUCCGACGCACCAUCAUGCGUUACGUCAACCUGGCAUUCGUCUACACCAUGUCCCAGGUGUGCACGCGCGUCAAGAAGCGCUUCCCCACGCUGGAUCACCUGGUGGAGGCAGGUAUCAUGACGGAAACGGAGAGGAAGAUAUUCGAGAUCAUGAACAAGAAGACGCCGCACCUCAAAUACUGGAUGCCGCUGGUGUGGGCCGGCAGCAUCGUGACCAAGGCCCGCAAGGAGGGCCGCAUCCGCGACGACUUCGCCGUCAAGACGCUGGUCGACAGCAUCAACGCCUUCCGCUCCGGGCUCGGCAACGUGCUCAAUUAUGACUGGAUCUCCGUGCCCCUCGUGUACACGCAGACUGUCACGCUGGCCGUGUAUACUUUCUUCAUGGCGGAGCUGAUGGGUCGGCAGUUCGUGGACACCACAGACUCCAUCGACCUGUACGUCCCUAUAUUCACAUUCCUGCAGUUCUUUUUCUACAUGGGCUGGCUCCGAGUGGCGGAGACGCUCUUCAAUCCCUUCGGCGACGACGACGACGAUUUCGAGAUCAACUGGAUGAUCGACCGAAAUUUGCAAGUGUCGUACAUCAUCGUGGACGAGAUGCACGAGGAUCACCCGGACCUGGUGCGGGACCAGUAUUGGGAGGACGUGAUCCCGGCCGAGCUGCCCUACACGGUGGCGUCCGAGCAGUACCGGCGCGACCCGCCGCAGGGCAGCGCCGCGCAGGUCGAGGUGAAGAACACGCAGAUCUCGUUGCCGGACCCCGUGACGCAGAGCGUGCAAGACCUGGAUGUGAAGCAGGUGGAGCUGAUGGGCAUGCCCAACGACGUGGAGAUGGCGCAGGGCUCUCUGCCGGGCGACACCGUUCCGCCAGUAGUCACCUCUGCCGUGGAGAUCCGGCCGGGCGCCUCGAGCGAGACGCAAGAGCUGCUGCCGCGCACCGUGGUCGGCUCGAUCCCUGCCUCCAUCGACUCGCGUGCCUCGGGGCCGCUCGUGUCCGGUUCCAUCAAGCGCUCCGUGAUGGGUUUGGUGAACAAGUUCAGCAGCCGAGUGCGAGACGUGCCGAGUGGCGUCCCGGGCGGGCCGCGGUCGUCCAGCAUCGUGCGCGCCGUCAGUCGCACCUCGACCGACUCGAAGCAGACGCAGCCGCCGCAGUCGCCGGCGCCGGGCGCCGAGCCGGACGAGAUAUUUAUGAUGUCGGAUCUGGACCUGCCGAGCGCCGUGGCCAGCGGCGUCGACACCGGUGUCGGCGGUAGCGGCGUCGGCGGCCGUGCCUCGCUCGAGAGCGUGGUGCAGCUGCUGCCGCCAGGGAUCGACCGAAAGUCGAGCGCCGCGGGCUCGGACUUGUCGGUGCACCGCUCCUCCAUCGGCGAUGCGUUCGUGCGGCCGGGCACCCCUGGCAGCGAGGGAAAGUCCGGGCCCAAGUUCGUUCCGGGCGACUACAACUUCAUGAUCACCACCGUGGAUGAGGAGGGCGAGGACGAGACGGAGCUGGUUGACGUCUUGCCGAACGGUGCUGUCGGGCAGGACCCGGCCGCGCUGGCUCCGCCGCCCGUGAAUGUGACCUCUCCCGUCAGCCUGGCUGAUGUGCUCAGCACCAGCUUCCAGCCAGGGGAUGAGAAGGCACCUGCCGAGGGACAGCAGUCCCUGCUCAGUCAGCUCCUAACCACCAUCAUCGAGGCGGCCGGCGGCGUCGUCCAGGCCCGGGCCGACAGUCCCACGGCAGCCGACACGGACGCGGCCGAAUCAUCCACGGCGCCGCUGCUGCCCGACCGGACGCGCGCCGACCGGGUUAACGCGUCCUCGUCGGACGAGGACGCGGCGUCGCUAGCGCCUGACCAAGAGCCGCGGUUCUACUGA